CUCCUUUGAACUAGGUCAAUUACCUCAACAUCCAAGAUGGCCGUGUUUCGGUUAGACCCGUGUGGGAUUAUUUGCAUCUUGAUCACCUACUCGGCUUUACUGUAUGCUGACUAUGUGGUGGUGGUUCACAUGGUUAUACCAUCAAUGUCUGACACGUUAUGGGGAGCAUUUCAUGCAGUGAUCUUCAACUUGUUCCUGUUUCUUCUGACGGUGUCACAUGUGCGUGCAGUGUUCUCAGACCCGGGGAUAGUGCCAUUGCCUGAGGCACAUCUGGAUUUCUCUGACAUGCACUCAGGAAAUAAUAAGAAAAAGUUACUGGAGAAGAAGGAAGGGCAGCCUGCGGGGUGGACUGUAUGUCUGAAGUGUGAGACUUACCGACCACCACGAGCUCAUCAUUGCAGGAUUUGUCAACGUUGUAUUAAAAGAAUGGAUCACCAUUGUCCAUGGAUUAAUAAUUGUGUUGGGGAGUAUAACCAAAAGUUUUUUAUCCAGUUUUUAGUAUAUGUAGGAAUCUCUAGUUGUUAUGCUUUAUCAUUGACCGUUGGCAGCUGGAUAAUAGAUCCACAAGGAACCAGCCCUAGAACACGACAUACAAGAGUGCUCCACACUGUGCUAUUGGUUGUAGAGUGUGUGCUGUUUGGCAUCUUUGUAAUGGCUAUUGGCUGUGAUCAGAUAUCUGCUAUUUUAUCAGAUGAAACAUUGGUAGAGCAAGUAAAAAAAGAAGGACCAAGGCGUCAUCGGCCCAAAAUGGCUUUGUUGGCUGAAGUUUUUGGAAAGGGUCAUCCAUUACUGUGGCUGUGCCCCUUCCAGCCAUUGUCUGGGGUCUCCAGCACAGAUGCAAACAAACAGUUCAUAGUAUAGCAACAAACUGCUGCUGACUGUUACCCUGUGAUAGUUGGUCCUCGUCUCAAUGGGUUGUCUCUGCCAGCUUGAGAAGAAACAUUUGGCAUUGUGCCAGAUGUGCUUUAUCACAGUGACACCUCAACCAGCAGAGGAAGGAAAUCUUUUAUAUUGGGAAAGUUUGACUUGAACUAAGAGAAGUCAUUUCAACAGGCUGAAUAAGAACUUAUCAAUUGCUGUCUCACGAAGUAUACCCUCUACCAGGGUGGUAGAUAUUAUAGGGAAAUCUUGAAAAAUCCACCCUGUGACUUUUGGCCAGAUGAAAGCAAUUAAAUCUGCACACGCUUAGAAGACAUUGUACCUGCCCUGUAGGGAGUUACUACAGGAGAUUCCUCAGGUAACUUCAAUCUGAAGUAACAAGCUAUUCAUAAGGGGCUAUUUUUAUCUGUCACAAAAGAGAAAGUGGAAUAAAAUCAGAGCAAUUAACUGUCUUGAUUGCUGUUAAGGGGACUUGGCUUGGAUCUGUUAAGUGGCAGUGCCGGAGCAGUUAUGCAAACAAUUACCAGCCAUAUAAUCAUCCUUGAGAUUUCAUCUCAGGGUGGCAGAGAGUGAAAUGAUUGUCUAUUUAUCUAAAGACAUAUCUGUGAAUAUCUUGUGAAAAAUCAAUCUGUUCCCCCAUUAGAGGGUAGAGGGUACCAUGGUUUUGAAAUAAUAAGAAACAGUGCAUCUUUUCAACCUACAGAACAAACAAAACUGUAUUAAUUAUGCCAAUAGUGCAAUGUGGUCUUAUCAGGCUGCCUGGAAAAACAUUGGACUUUAAAAAUUACACUUUGUCUUAUUUGGCCAGCAAAUGAAAAUGUUUUUAAAACAGAUUAUCUGUAAACACAGAAAAAGAGUAUGAGAAAGCAAUCGGUGGCAGUAUUUGAGAUCAUGUGCUGUGCUCUAUCAGGAAGAAUAAAUAUUGCGAGGUACUGUUUUUUAAGUUGAAGCAGCAUAUAGAGAAAUUUUGCAAGUAAAACAAGCAAUUGAUAUCAGUUCGUGAUAAAACAAUUGUUGAUGGAAUUCAUGCCAUGAUAUUGUAUAGACAGCAAAUAUGAGAAUAUAAACAUUGUUAAAGUUUAGGAUAUGUUUGUCCUUUGAAUGGCAGAAAACAUUUGAAUUAAGUUUGUUGGAAAUUAUGCUAUAAUUUUGAGCUAAAUUUAUUAAAAUGCAGUGGUUAUUACAUCUAAAUUGCACUAUUUUAUGUUUUCUAGCUGGCUACUGUGAAGACUUGCAAAUUGUAUAAAUGUUAAUUUAUUAUUUUAAUAUUUUUCUACACAUAGAUUUGAAAUAUAUAAAUUUCUGUUGUGUACAACUAUUUUAUAGAACUGGUUUUGAUUAUGCAUUGCUGUAAUUGGGUCAUUUUUAGAUUUAUACAAUAAUAUAUUUGCCACAUUUUGUACUUAUAUUAAUUUUCUGCUGAAGUCUUUUGAAAUGCCCUUUUUGUACAAAUAGUUGUGCUUAUUUAUACCCCUACACAAGAAAAGGGCACUUGAGUUUGCUCCUGUUGAGUUUGCUCCUGGUGCUUUAAUUAUUUUAGUAUGAUUGUGUUGUUAACAUGCCGGUUUCAAUAAGAUUUUUUAAACGUGUCUGAACAAAUUUUAUCCUGCGAGUACAAUUUACAUAACAUUUGAGAUGGGAAAGCGAAUUCUACUUAGUGUCAGAGGGUUUGCCUUUCUUAAUUGAGAAGAAUAUUGCAUAUGAGUAAAUAUUUAAAAUUUAUUUAUUGAUCUUUUAAUAGAGUAAAAGAGUUUGGUGACAUGGUUGCAGGGUAUAAAGGUUAUUUAUCAAUCAAAGGUGAAUAUAUAGCAGUCAAAAGAUCUGGCUGAUAUUAUGCUCAAUAAUAAAAGAUAUAUAUAUAUAAUGUGUGCAAUAUUAAAUCAAAGUGAGUUUCAAAAUGACUGGCUCUUCUGUUAUCUGCUGUAUGUUCUGUUUGUAUUUAUAUAUGUAAGAGAGUACUUCCAAAUAAACCAACAUAUUUUGUGA